UCAUGCCAUUUCCCAUGUGCUUGCUGGUGCUGGGGGGAGUGUGCCCCUCCAGCAGGGAGAGCAGCAGCUAUUUUGAAAGUGAUCCUCAUUCAGACAGCGAGCUGCAGCUGUCAGGAACCAUGACUGAAGAUGACGGAUUCUGUUGUCGUGGAGGGAUAUGCCAGACUCAGAGAUGGAAAAAAGUGGAAAACUAGGUGGCUCGUUCUUCGCAAGCCUUCGCCUGUAGCAGAUUGCCUCGUGUUGCUGGUUUUUAAAGACAAGUCGGACAAAGCGCAGGGCAGCAAGGAGAGGGCCAGCGUCACCUUGGAGGAGAUCUGCGGGCUGGAAGUGGGACAGUGGUAUGAAGGAGUGGCCUUUACUCUGGCCAUCCUCUGCCUGAACCAGGCAGCUCUACUGGGCUUCGACAGCAAGGAGGCGCUGCUGGCGUGGGACGCCCGCCUCCGCUACAGCCUGGGAGAAGUUCACAGAUUCAGUGUUGGAGUUUUACCAGGGACCAAGUUGGAGAGCGGACCUGCAACGCUCCAUCUGUGCAACAACCUGCUGGCUCUGGCCCGGGACAUCCCUCCUGUUAUUAUCGGACACUGGAACCUCCCAGACCUGCGCAGAUAUGGGCCUGUACCCAACGGCUUCGUGUUCGAGGGAGGAACAAGAUGUGGCUACUGGGCCGGAGUUUUUUUGCUGGCAUCUGCUGACAGCGAGCAGAUCAGCUUUCUGUUCGACUGCAUCGUCCGAGGCAUCUCCCCCACCAGAGGCCCUUUUGGACUGCGGCCAGUUUUGCCAGACCCCAGCGUCAGUCAGACGAGUUCGGAGGAGAAGUUGAACCAUGAGGCUCAGGAGCUGGAGAAACGGCUGAGCAUGCUCUCUCACCGGAGCAGCACAGUCUCAUCCUCGUACUGCCCGUCGGCCGGGGGAGACGACCGCAGCAUAUCCGGUUCCUCCGACGCGUCAGACACCAGCCAAUCAGACUGCAGCAUCAGCAGCCGGAUGGCCAUCUGGACCGAGCCGGCCUCCAACCCGUCUGAAACCGCCAGCCACGUCGGAGCUAAAGCGGCUCUGCAGAGCGUGGAGAAGCUCUCCGUCACCCAGGGAGGUGGAGGCCGGCCCGCCGCCAAGCCCCCCCGCCAGCUGCAGGAGAUCGGCCGCCAGAGCUCGUCGGACAGCGGCAUCGCCACCGGCAGCCACUCCUCCUACUCUGGGAGUUUCUCCUCCUACACAGGCAGCCUGGACAUCACCCCCGGGGAGGACUUUGGCUCUGUCUUCAGCCUGCCUCCCCACCUGGCUCAAGACCUGAGCCCUUGUUCUUGCUCCUCCGUGGCUGGACAUGAAUACCAAGUACCGACAUCACUGCGGUACCUGUAUGACAGCCCCAGGAGCCUGUUACAGGAGGGGAGUGAACCCUCCACGCCAACUAAGGACCCUCCUGCCUCUUCAGGCCUCACGACGGACUCAGCAGAAGGAGAUAAAAGCAGCAGCGUGACCUCUGAGGCUCACUCAGAAACAGUCAGUGAACACUUCCAAAGCUCCUCCGAGGGGAGUAAGAAAACCAAAGCGGCGCCCUCUAGUGACCACCCAGACUCCUGUGACCUCUGCAGCUCGGUCACAUCCGUCGGCAAAACCAUCGUGACGAUCUGCUCCGUGUGCGGUGGAUUUAAGGGGACUCCGUACAACCCUGCAAGUGGCCCAGCGAUCCCUGCCAUCCCAGAUCAAAGUGUUGACAAAUCAGCAUGCAGACCCUGCUCUGCCUCAGAGUACAGUAUCUCAGUGAAGAGGAAUGUGGAGAAGCCUUGUGCGUCUCCUGGCUCUGCCAGCAUCCACAGCUCGGAGGAGCCAACAACAGGCAGCCCGAGGCAAAGACGAACAGACUGA